GUUUUCAAACGGUUGGAGUGGGGAGGGGAACAAUGGAGUACUUGGAGUACUAACUAAUGCUUCUCCAACUCAGCAGAGGUUACAAAGCCAGUGGUGGGAUGAGUGCUUGAGGAGCUGGUUUGGGUCUUUGCUGGUAAUGUCAGCCUGAAAUCAUUGCUGCUGUUUGUGCAGGUCGUGUGGUCACAGCCUCGACCAGAUCUCACUGAACCACUUCUUGAAAGGACUGAAAAAUGUGGCACCGGGUCUACAUCCUGCUCAUCGUGUCCGCUUGCUUCCACACAGGAUCCGCACUUUGGAGCGCUACAGCUCUGUGGACUGCAGGAGGAGCAGUUGUUGCAGUGGUGGCUGCUCCAGUGGUGCUCGGUGCUGCUGGCUUCACUGGUGCUGGAAUUGUAGCAGGAUCCAUAGCAGCGAAAACCAUGUCAGCGGCUGCCAUAGCCAAUGGAGGAGGAAUAGCAGCAGGUGGUUUGGUGGCUGUCCUACAGUCUGCAGGAGCGGCUGGACUCUCAGCUGCUGGCAGUGCUGUGGUCGGGACAGUAGGGGCUGCGACUGGCUACGGUAUUAAAAAGGCUUUUGACAGUGACUAAAGAAUCUUAAAUCGUUGUAAAGAAUACAGCACAGAGACUGAGAUGUAACUUGUAUUCCUGGUUGUUCUCGAGUCACCAUUGAGCAGUGACUCUGUUCCUUGUGAUUGGGAUAAAAGUGACAUUCCAGUGUGGCUGUAAAUGUCAAGCUUCACCUA